UCAGGUCAAUAAAAGUCUAGCUGUAGAAUGGAACACAUUGCCGAUGAACUGGAAAGGUUGAGGAGUAGUGAACAUUGUGAAAAAGGUGAAUGUGAGUAUGAAUUUAAAAGUGAAAAUGACGAGAAGGAAGGAAGCAGAUUUUAUCUCGUUGCCAGCAUUUUCACAGUUACUUUGUUGACUUUUGGAGCGGGAGCUCACAUAGCGUGGGCUUCUCCUACGAUACCAAGGUUAAAAUCCAAAGAUGCCACAAUAAAUCCUUUGGACGAACCAGUUUCGGUUAGUGGCAUUUCGUUUAUAGUUGGGUCCUUCUACAUUGGAUCACUUGUAGUAUGCCUCGUUCCACCUAGGGUACUUGACAGCUAUGGGCGCAGGCCUGCGAUGGUGCUGAUAGCGACCUGCCUGUCAAUAGCUUCAGUAUUAGAAGCAUUUUCUAGAACCUGGUGGUUAUACUGCCUGUGUAGGAUGAUCAUUGGAAUGGGAAAAGGUGCUUGUUUUUACAUGAUACCCAUGUACAUUGGAGAAACGGCACGGAAAGAAAAUAGGGGAAGAUUCGUUCUUUUUAUAAUGGUAAUGCUUUUGGCUGGCAUGCUGUACUCUUAUACGUUAGGGCCCUAUUUUUCGACCAAAGUCUACACAUUACUCUGCUCAGCACCCCUUGUACUAUCUCUACUCCUCAUGUCGGUCUUUGUACCGGAAACCCCAUACUUUUUGGUGAGUAGGAAUAGGCCCAGGGAUGAGGUGGCGAAGAAUCUUGAGAAGCUGAGAUGCACAAAAGACAUUCGGAAGGAAAUGAAGCAGAUAGAAAGUGUUGUACAAGGAAAAAUGACAGAUGGUCAGCAGCAGAAGACCACCUACAUUAGUCUUUUCGAGGAUCGAAAAUGCAGAAAAGUUCUAUUCAUAAACACCUGCAUGAUGAUUUUCCACCUACUAGCAGGAGUAACGGUAAUACACGCUUUCCUGGGUCCCAUCGUUGACUUGGUAGGCAGCAACCAUUGGUCAGGCAACACUUGGGCCAUUUUGGUAGCAAGCAUCAAGCUUGUAAGUAGCUUUGCAGCUGCGGUAGUUGUUGACAGAUUUGGAAGGAAGCCUCUAAUGAUUGGGUCUUCAGUUUGUUGCGCAAUUUGUCAUUUUUUUCUGGGACUUUACUUCCAGUUACAGGCAAUGGGCUACAGCUUCGUGGAUCAACUAGCUCCGAUACCAUUACUUGCGAUCUUGAUCUUCUCCAUGGGAUAUUCUUUCGGCUUGGGGCCAGUGCCUUUCGCCUACGUAUCUGAACUGUUUCCACAGCAUGUAAAAAAUGUUGGAGUCCCCAUUUGCAUGGGCAUAGCUACUAUCUUCAACACAGCAAUUGCACUAACGUUUCCGUUUUUCAUGGAGUACUUGGGCAUGCAAUGGUGUUUCUGGAUCUAUGGAUUAAGCUGUGCAGGUAGUGCGAUCUUCACCAAAUGUGUAGCACCGGAAACCAAAGGGAAGACAUUGGAAGAGAUACAGUCGAUGUUGGACUCAUGAGUAGCUUGUGUCAUGAAAACACCUAAAUAUCUGUUAUAAUACCCAAUAUACAAGGGGGUUCUUUUUUGGCUUUUAUGUCAUAUAAGCUCUCAAACAUAACUUAGAUUUCAACAAAUGGUUAAGAUGAAAGAAUUGAAUCUAUUUCAUUUCAUUUUAGAGAUAUCAGAGAAAUAAUCUCCUGUCAAUUAAACAAUGACAAUGACAAAGAAUAUCAUAUAUAACAACCUAAGUCUCUAUAUCGUUACAUAAAAAAUACUAAUAAAACGUUUCUGUGGCCAAAUAAAGCCACAUAUGUAAAAAUUACUUUUUACUGACGUUUCGAUUAUAACAGUGGCCCUUUUCGGAGUAGAGGUAAAACAUGUAAUUUUGAAAAUGUCGUUGCAUUUGGCUAGGAAAACAUGGCAUCAGCAGGAACACCACAAGAUAUGUUCCACAUAUUAGAUUCGAAAGAUUAUAUUAGAUCCGUUUUGCAUACACCAGGAUUACUCCAAAAGUGAUGGUAGUAAUUAUGCGGAAGAUGUCAGCUGUCUUUUUAUACGUGAGAGAAUUCUAAUGCGAAUUUUCAUGGUAAACAUCUAUAGAACAUACGUGCGAACAGACAGAGAAUACUAGUAAGAGGGCUCUCAAACCAAGAAAAUGACAAUAAAUUGCUGCGUCAACAACAUCUUUAUAGUCAAUAUACGGCGCUCCUUGUGACAUUCAGAACAGAUAAAGUGAGGUUUUCUCAAAUAAAGGC